AGGGGCCAUCAACUUGUCGAGCCGUUUGCUGUUCCUUUCAUUGAGGGAGGAGUAAAACUCCUGAACUACAUCUGACAGGGGCGAAGAUGGUAAGGUGGCACCUCUGCGGUCAGCAUUGAGGAGUCCGCCAUUGGCGUCUGGUCCUAAUGCUGCACGUAUAAGCUUUAGAGGAAGUCCUGGUUUCCUCGUGCUCUGUCGCCGAGGAGGCCAGAGGCUCUGCUGAGUAGCCGGUUGGAUCUUGAAACAGGGUGAUUGGAAGGACAUAGAUGGCAAGGUGGACUUCAUGGUCUUGAAUGCGUGCGUGAGCAAUGAAUGGGUAGGGGUUUGCUUGCUUGAUAAAAGAGAUCGCCUGAAGCUGAAGGUGUGUGGGGUGGAUCAACUUGCGUGGUGGGUGGUUUAAGAAUAAGAUGGUUUGCGUGUGAAAUCUGUCACCGAUACCAAGAUCGAAGCAUAAAGCAUCAUCCAUCCUGCCAACAUAAGUAAGGGAUUGCUUUCCAUCUCUGCUUAGUGGUAAGAAUCUGAAUCUUGUAGAUGCAGUUGCAGCCAAUCGUCCAACUACUAACCUUUUACUGGUAAGUACUCCCUCCAUUCCAAGUUAUAAUGUCUUUUGCUGUGUACUUGGAUAUAUAUACACUAUGUGACUAUGUCUAGAUGCUUAGUAAAAGUAAUAUAUAUAGAAAAAAAACAAAAUGUCUUACAUUUACCUUUUUGUAGAAUUGUUUGCCCUUUAAUUGAUCUAUUUAUUGGGUUGUUUGGCUAUACCACCUAUAUACAUGGAAACUGCUCUUUGUUCGUGUAGAGUACAAGCCUGAGAGGCGUGUCAGUAAAUAAAGAAAUAAAAAACAAACAAAGGAAUAGAGAAGCAUUCACUAUUUUCGGAAGAAGCCGAAGACAGCCUUCUUGGGGUCUAUCUUCUUGGAGGCCACCUUGGAUUUGCUGCUCAGCUUCCCUGAUGGUGGUGCUGAUGCUACCGCGGCAGUUGGCCGUGGUGGUGCUGCUGCUGCCGGUUGUGGUGGUCCUGAAGCAACAUCUGUUGCCGGUGGUGGUGGUGCCGCCACAGUAGUUGGCCGCGGUGGUGGUGCUGCUGCUACAGGUGGUGGUCCUGAAGCAACAUCUGUUGCCGGUGGUGGUGGUGCUGCUGCUACAGGUGGUGGUCCUGCAGCAGCAUCUGUUGCCGGUGGGGUUGGUGGCGCCACAGUAGUUGGCCGCGGUGUUGGUGCUGCUGCCGUUACAGGUGGUGGUCCUGAAGCAACAUCUGUUGCCGGUGGUGUUGGUGCGGCUGCGACCACUGCACCUGCAGCUCCAACUCGAGCACCAGCGGAGGCGUCGAUGGCCGGAACAGCGCCCAAUAUAUGGUGCUCCCUGUUCUCUGUGAGCCCCCUCUCCCCCUUCUCCUUCUCUUCCACUGACACCAACGUAGUGAGCGGCACCCACUCGUUGCGGCCGCUGACGAUGCUCGCGACCUCUUUGUCUUCUUCGUCCCGGUGCCCCUGCUCUGACGGAGGCGACACGGGCUGCAGCUGCUGCUUGGCUGCACAUCACAUGGAUUUAUUCAUUAUUUUUUUGGAUACAGUUGCAUUCGCAGCAAGCAAUGGCUGAGGCUUCUCCGAAACCAAAAUGCAGAGCAGGUACCUGCAGCUACUUGCUGCGUGAUGCUCUCCACCUCGAACGAGUCCUCCUCGUCCUCGUCCGAGGGAUCAUGGGCAUUGUUCAGGCUGCCGCCGGUGGCAUCGUCAGCCUGCAGCGACAUGUCGUCGUCAGAGGAAUCACUGAUGAGCUCCACGUCCACCGCCACCACCGUCCCGUUCCCCUUGCCGUCCCACGUCGAUGCCAUUGCCGCAGGUGCUUCUUCUACUUUGACUGCGGCUUCUUGUUGAGUCUGGUGAUCGCUGGCCGUAGAGGCUGACGGGCUGGAGGAGUUGGAGUUGGAGUUGUCGCUGCCGGCGUCCCUGCCGCUGCCGCCGCCGCCUUCUUCCUCCGGGACGUCGGCGACAAAGUAGGGCAUGAAGCGCGAUGGCUGGGCCGUGAAGCUGUCGUGCCGUCCCACCAGCAUUGCCGCUUUCUUGUCGUCGUCCUCCUCCUCCACCUCGUCCGGUUGCUGGAUGUGGAUGUCGAAUGGGUUGGUGUGCUGGCCGAGCAAGGACGACGGGGCGGAGCCGGGGGCGUCCAUAGCUGCGUCGUGGUCGAGGUCGAGGUCGAAGGGGUUCUUGGUCCUGGGCGCCAGCACGGCGGGGGUGUGGACAUCGAGGUCGGUGAGGCCCCGAUGGACAGUUAUCCUGGACAUGAGCUUCUCCAGCCUGGCGUUCCUCUCCAGCUCCAGCGACCCGAUGCUCUGGAUGCUAUGCUCGUCGUCCGCCGUCCAGGCAACGGCCUCCUUUUUGUCGACGACGAGGUGGUCCUCAUCCACGUCCUCCUCGGAUUCGUUGGCGCCGUCGUCCGAGGAGCUGGAGCUGGAGCUGGGCCCCGUGCCGGCGGUGGUGAGGUGGCGGCCCUCAUGAUCCUCUAAUGCCGCCGCGACCGCGAGGGGGACGUUGGGUUCGCUGUUGACGAGGACUGCGCCGAGAAGGAAGGCGGUGAGCAGCCAGACGGGCGAGGAGGCGGCGAGGAAGGCCAAGAGAUGGAGACGGUGGAGCAGAGCGACAAGGAGCAGGGAGCGCAGGACCGUCCACCGGUGGCGUCGCCAGAAGCUGUGCAGGACGUGCGUCGCGGCCAUGGAUCGAUCGAUGUUCCUGUCCUCUGUUUCUGCUGCCUCAAAUUCCUGGCUGAAUCCUCGAUCUGUUGAACUGAACUUGGAUUGCAAUAUUGGAUAGGUUUGAUUCUGAUCCGAUCUUCCAAUCCAAAUCAUCGACCAAUUCGAAGGACCGGGAGCCAGCGGGCGAGCGGCCAAACCGGGGAAGGACCGGAGGAUGGGCUGGGCCGUUUUCGUUCAUGCCCAGCCCAGACUAUCCAAUCAGAUGUGGGGUGUGGGUGAUGAGGAAAGAGAUACGAGAGCCCCUCGUCUCUCUCUCUCUUCUUUCUCGCUUGGGCCCUUAUUAUUUUUUAAUAUAAAAAAUAAAAUGAGAUAGGACAUCUAAAAAUAAGUUGGUGGGUGGGUGCUCAGCUCAGCUCACCCUAUCUUUCUCUUAUCUUACGCCGUCGUCGUCCUGCUCCGGCGACGGCCAGGCAGCCGAGCAGAUAAAAAGAGCCGAAGCAGCACCACCACCACGUGCCUCUCUUCUCAGCUUGCCUGCCUCACUGCACCCGGCCACAAGGGCAAGAUGCCCGCCUCUGUCGCUGUCUACCCGGCCAAGAUGGCAUGCUGUCUCCAGCUCCACCAUCUUCGCCGGCCGUCCCCUGCUCCGCUCCCUGCUCGGGUCCUCUUCCUCCUCUCGACCCCGCGCCUGCGCCCCGUCAGAGCGUCUCCCGGCUCGUCCCCGCCCAACUCCUUCGCUGGCUGGUCCUCCGACUCCGACAGCGCGGAUGACGGCGCCGACAAAUCUACUCUAGGGUUCGGCCGAGCAGGAGGGCUUCUUGGACCUGGACUUGCUGCCUUUUUCUUCCUCGCCGGCAUUACCUUUGCUGCCGUCUCUAUCAGAAGCAGUGGCACCCACGCAGCUGGAAAAUUGCAAAACUUGCCUACAGAGACUGCUGCCACGGAAUCUUACCCUGAUUAUCACUCCCACAAAGAGGAUGGUGCUACCAGGGAAGCUUCCUUACCAACGGAUUGGGACGAAGAAGACUAUGACAACCUCGAUAAAAAAGAAGAUACAGAUGAAUUCCUGACGCCUCUACAGUCAAACGAGGUUCCUGGGGUGCCAGCUGAAGGUGAAGUGGGGCACCUGUUGCAGAACACUGAGCCUGUUACUGAUGGUGACCAUGUUGUCGGUGAAGAAGCGAAUCAGUUUGACAAUCUCAUUGCAUCCGAUGGUAAUCAAGAUCCACCACCACCUUUGCCCAUACUCGAUGCUGCAGGCCCCUCGGAGGAAAUUCCUGAUGUAGAAGAAACAUCAGAUCCCAAAAUGGAUUUGCCAGAAAACCAGCAUUUCGAUGAAACAUUAACUUCAGAUGCAAUGGUGCUAGAUUCAGAUGUUGUGCCCAUCCAGGACAUCUCUGAAGGUGCCAUUGCUGCUGCAUUUCACCCAGAAGACAAAGGUGUCGAGCAGAACCCACAAACUCUUGACAAAGAUGAACUUUCUCCAUCCGGAUUGCCUGAUUAUAUGGAACAUGUAAGCGCCGAUGGGAUGCAUCCACUUGGAUCAAACGAGUUAUCCAUGGCUACAAGGACCAGUGAGACAGGAGAUGGGGAGGAAACUAUAGUAGAGGAUCUGUAUAAAGGAGAAAGUGAAUUAGAAAACCAAAACAAACAAUUGGAGUCCACACCACCUGACCAAUAUUUUUCUUCUCCUGGAAUUCCUGCUCCCUCUGUAGUAUCCACUGCUUUACAGGUGCCCGCAGGGCCGAUUGUGGUUCCAGCUUCUGUUGACCCAACCCAGGAAAAUGCUAUAGCUGCAUUGCAGAUUCUAAAGGUGAUCGAAUCCAGUGCUCAAGCUGGUGAAUUGUGUACCCGGCGUGAGUAUGCUCGAUGGUUGGUAGCUGCGAGCAAUUGCCUUUCAAGGAACACUUUCUCAAAAGUGUAUCCAGCAAUGUAUAUUGAUAAUGUCACUGAACUUGCAUUUGACGAUGUCACACCUGAAGAUCCUGAUUUUCCAUUCAUACAAGGCCUAGCAGAAGCUGGAUUGAUUUCUAGCAAGCUUUCAAGAUCUGAUAUGAAUAUCCCAGAAGAUGUUCAUGACAAUCAUAUCUUGUUUUCCCCUGAGAGUCCUUUGUCACGUCAAGACCUUGUGAGUUGGAAAAUGGCCCUGGAUAAGAGACAACUGCCUGAAGUUGACAGAAAUUGUUUGUUCAAACUAUCUGGCUACAUAGACAUCGAUAAGAUAAACACAGCUGCCUGGCCAGCUUUGGCUGCAGACUUGGAUGCUGGAGACCAGAGCAUUACAGCUCUUGCCUUCGGUUUCACAAGACUUUUCCAACCGAACAAACCUGUGACAAAGGGACAAGCUGCCCUAGCAUUUUCAGCUGGUGAUUCUGGCGAAGUGGUUCUGGAGGAGGUUGCCCGUAUCGAGGCAGAGAAAAUAGCUGAAGCAGCUGUAAAUGCACAUGCUGCAUUGGUUGCUCAGGUCGAGAAAGAUCUUAAUGCAAGUUUUGAAAGGGAGCUUAAGGAGGAAAGAGAAAGGGUAGAGACCCUUGAAAAAGUAGCUGAAGAAGCUAGGGUGGAGCUAGAUAGGUUGAGGGCAGAAAGAGAGGAAGAGAAGAAUAUUCUGGUCAGGGGCAGAGCUGCUGUUGAGUCUGAAAUGGAAGUUCUGUUGAAGUUGAGGAGUGAGGUAGAGGAACAGCUGCAGAACGUACUGAGCAAGAAGGUGGAGGUGUCGUUCGAGAAGAGUAGGAUUGAGAAACUCCAAAAGGAAAUUGAGAGCGAUAACUCGGCUGUUGUGCAACUUCAGUAUGAGCUUGAAGUGGAGAGGAAGGCGUUAUCUAUGGCAAGGGCUUGGGCAGAGGAGGAAGCCAAAAAGGCCCGGGAGCAUGCACGCGCCCUUGAGGAGGCCCGGAACCAAUGGGAGCGUCAAGGAAUCAGAGUUGUUGUCGAAGGAGAACUGAAGGAUGACGCCUCAGCUGGGGUGACAUGGGCUAACGCUGGCAAAGAAAACGCAGUCGACGAGUCUAUCAACCAGGCAGAAGCUCUGCUGGAGAAGCUCAAGACAAUGUCUGGUGAGAUGGAGGUGAGGUCUCGGGGUGCGGUGGAGAGAGUGAUGCAGCAUGUGAGGUCCUUCAUCGCAAUCCUAAAGCAGCAAGCUGCAGAUGCAAGGCAGUGGUGUACCGAGUUUGGGGCUUGUGCUGCUUCCAGGGCAAACGAGGUAUCAGCACAAGUGAAGGGAAGCGUAUCUGCGUUUGGUGCAACCCUUGGAGACAAGUCGAAGAGGGCAAUGGAAGAGUGCAAGGACGGCCUGGAGAGGAUUUCACACAGAUUCAAGACAGACUAGAUACCAAUUUUGUUGUUUGCUUGUUUUUUGGGGAUGAUGUUGUUGCAGAGUUGUUUACUAUAGCAUGCUGGAACGAACAGUAAGUAGUUCCCGACCGUGGCCUUGUGGAAUAAGUAAGUGCAACGAAGCACUUGUGGCCUUCUGGAAUAAGUGUAAUUAAUACCAACAGUAAUUAAUAAUAGUUCCCGUUUAUUAUAUUAUA